UUUGUCCUGUUUAUGAUCUGUGGUCCACCUCUUCAGCUUUUAUUUCUUCCCCAGGAGUCUACGCCUUUGGCCUCUUCACGGUUGACAUCUUCGUCAAUGCAGGGCAGGUAGUGACAGGGAACUUGGCGCCAUACUUCCUGACAGUGUGUAAGCCAAACUACACAGCACUCGGGUGUCAACAGGCGCUGCGCUACAUCAGCCACCAAGAGGCCUGCACAGGGAAUCAAGACGAUGUCCUGAGGGCCCGCAAGACCUUUCCCUCAAAGGAGGCUGCUCUCAGCAUCUAUGCUGCUCUCUAUCUGGCUAUGUAUGUGACCUUCACGGUCCAGGCCAAGGGGACGCGCCUGGCCAAGCCUGUCAUGUCUCUGGGGUUCAUGUGUCUUGCCUUCCUCACUGGCCUGAACCGUGUGGCGGAAUACCGCAACCACUGGUCGGAUGUCAUCGCAGGUUUUAUCAUUGGCAUGGCCAUCGCCACCUUCCUGGUGGUGUGUGUCGUUCAUAACUUCAAAGGCAAGCUGCUGCUGAAUGAGGACUCUCCUGCUGAGCCGCAGCCCAACGCAGCCAUACUGAACAUGGGUCACCUGGACAGUCCUCUGGAGAAGUACAUCGCUUCCCAGGAGACAGAUGAUGAAGAUGAGGAGUCUUGCUAUAUUAAGGAGUGCCUUCAUGUUUUCCUGCGCUGGCUCCGGGGCCUCAGCUGCUUUCAACACCCCAGAAAUAAAAGGCAAAUCAGCUUUGAUUUGGUUUGGAAGAUGAUCUCUAGACAAAUCUGCUUCUUACUCUUCCCUACUGUCUGUGUUUGCUUCUGCUGCUUGGUUACCCCCACUAACCAGCCACCAGAAGAGGUUAGUUUACCUUUAGUGGUUGGUUGAUCAACCACUAAAGAUAAACCAACUUUAAAUCCUUUCCAUCUCACUGAAGCAUUGAAGUUUGAUCUGUAUUGAACUCUUCUACCCUAUAAAAGUAACCAAGUUUUUGUAGCCAAAUUCUGUAGGCAUCUUGCUUGACACCGCCAUUGGAACAGCUUAAAACAUUUUCAGUGUGAAUAUUCAGUGAGAAAUCACAGUCCUAUCACUAUAUCAAUGACAAAUGAUUUUGUCAUUUUCCAAUUCAGUUUAUAAUUCUGGUUUUUCAGAGUUUUGAUGCAGGCUCCAUGGAG